UAGAUAAUUACCCGACAUAUAAAACCAAUGUGAGUGUUGAUAUACUGCCACUAAGUCAAACCAAUAAGAAGUACCAGUUUGUUUGUGAUUUUAUGCCGUCAACUGAAGCAGAGCAUGCUGAAAUCUGGUACACAGUCACGUGGUAUAUUGACAGUAAGCUUGUUAAAAAAUUCCCUGCAGUACAGAAAACAGCUGAUAUCAAAACAACGACAUUACUAAAUGAAGAUGACACUGGUCUAACAAGUGUUGGUUUCCAGAUCCGAUGUGGUUAUUCUGUAAGUUACGAUCUUGAUUCAGAAUUGAGUCGAAGAACAGACAGUGUAGAUCGAUUCAUCGGCAUUGAGAUAUUGACACCAGAUCUUGACGUGCAACAAGAUACGAAUGCGACUAUAGUUGUAAGACCAACAGUAGAAAUUGGUGUUUGUAAUGGUUGUAAGCUCGCGGUCAACUUAAUCAAGCCCACGGAAAAUGAUGCCUGUCUGCCCGACCCAGUAUUGUCUCGGUGUUCCAUUAAUUUAGAUGCCAAGAACUCAAUUAGAAAUUAUUCUAUGGUUGUCAUGCCCAGUUUUCCUACUUCCUAUGGAAAAAAGUUUGCUGUACAGAUUUUAAGGUUUAAAACACCCGAAUACUUUUUGGAUCAUCCACUCUGGGCAAAAUAUGAAUUUGGCGAUGUUAGAGUUAGAGUCACAACUAAUGCAGCAGCAAUAGAGGGUAAAGUGUGUUAUGCUGUACCUGAUCCGCACAUGUAUACGUUUCGCGAUAUACCAUAUGAACAUCAAUAUCAAGGCAUUUACACCAUGUAUCGAAAUAAGGAAUGGACACAAGAGUUACAGAUACAGACCGAACCAUGUUGGCCCGGCUCCUCGGUGACAUGUAUUUGUGGUGUUGCCGUAUCUAUUGGUAAAGAAGUUUAUGUUAUAGAGCACUGUUCAGCCGACUACUGGAAAAUAGGAUAUACCCAAUGUGAUAAAACAUCUGGCGUUUCUUUAAUAGAAGUUAAAAGCGUUGGUUCAAGUAAAUUCAAGAUUCGUCUUCCAAGUUCGACAACUAUCUCUAUCGCUAGAUAUGGCGGACAGAUGACGGUGCAUGUAUUUCCUUCCGUUGCUGAUGAGGUUUUAGCUGAUGGCUUGUGUGGUAAUUUAAACGAAAAUGUUUUUCGAAAGAGAAAUGGUGCCGCGGUGCCAUAUAAAAGAUGGGGGAUGCCGACAUUUUCUGACUCCUGGAGCGUAGAGCAGGAUGGGGUUAUCAGUCUGUUCUCAGAUGACGUCACCAAGCUGAACGCUGUUAAUACUGGUCUCUUCAUUUGUGAUUGCAAAGAUAAUGUAUGUAAAAAUGACAGGAGGUGUGGCCAAGUAGAAGUAGAAAAAUUCAUAUCAAAAAGUACAUGUAAUGUAACUCUUGAUCUGAGAGAAAGAAAUACAGUUAAUAUUCGCAGGAGGAGUGUCACUAGCCGCAGUCACACUAUUAUCAAACGACAGGCUGAAACAACAUGGACAAACGGAUGGACAGAGAGUUCCGCAAAAGAUUAUUGCAAUAGUGUAUUUUUAAAUUCCUCGAUAGUUCAGAUUUGUAAAAACAUCCCUAAUGUAAAUCUACAGGGUGCCUUGGACAACUGUAUUUUAGAUAUUAAGUUAGCGGGUGACACAAGUUUUUCACUGGUUGCCAUGGAAACCAUAACAGCCUCGUGUUUUAAUGAAGUAAGUUAUGAUACCAGAUUUCAACAAUCAACACCAAACCAAACAUCCAUCUUUGAUCAGAUUAAAGAAGUAGCCUGUCCAGCAGAAUGUUCUCAGCAUGGUACCUGUAAUCAAGGUAUUUGUACCUGUGAAGACGGGUUUGGAAGCCUAGAUUGUUCAAUGUCGCUCAACAUCCCUCCUUUGUUAGAUCACGUGACCAAUGAUGGAUACUGUGAUUCUAUAAACAGCAACUGUUUAGAGAUUUCAGCAUUUGGUGGAGACUUUGUUGACACUGAUUCAAUUCGUUGUAAAAUACGCACAUUUCAGGCAAGAUAA